AUUAACCAACGAUAUCAGUUGCAAACAGCCGUUCGCGCAAGAUGUUGCUAAAACUGAUGUGUUCCUUUGCGAUUAUUACGGCAUCCGUGCAGUGCAGUGAAAAUAAUGGAAGCAUUGUAUUUGGAUACGAGUUGACCAUGAGUGGAUUGGACGGAGUUAAUUACAAUAUGCAAAAACAAAACUUAGCCGCGAAGCAACAUUUUCAAAUGCUCAGCUCUGAUAUUGAAGCACUUCAGAGGACACUCGAAAAUACGGAACGAAUGGUAAUACGACAAGCAACCAUUCUGAAUGAUCAAGAGAUUCAGUUGAAAAAAAUCGGUAAAACGGUUGAAUCUGUGGAAGAGAUUCCUCACAUCCGAAACGAGUUGGAUAUGCUUGCGAUCAAUGUUUCCCGGAUGCUGAGUGACACUAGCAAAAUUCAUCGUGUGCAACAAACGCUUCCAACGACGGAAAUGAUGAAUUCGUAUAUCCUGCAAUUAGUAGCCAACCAACUGAAUGCAAGCGGAACGAUGCCAUUGGCGCCUAAAAAUUUGCCACGAACAUGCGCAGAUGUGCCUGAACGGCGUUCCGGAGUACGGCGGAUACAUCCACAACCAGGCUUCAAAGACUCCUUCGAAGCGUACUGUGAUCAAGACUACGAAGGUGGCGGCUGGACGGUGAUUCAAAAGCGUUACGAUGGGUCAGUAUUCUUCUACCGAGGGUGGAACGAGUACGAAAAUGGAUUCGGUGAUUUGAACGGAGAGUUCUGGUUGGGAUUGAAGAAGAUUCAUGAGUUGACAUAUGCGAAACAUCACGAAUUGCACGUUGUGAUGGAAGAUUUCGAGGGUGUAAUGGCGGUAGCCAAGUACAACCAUUUCUUGGUUGGCGGACCAGAGGAAAAAUAUGCACUGAACAAGUUAGGAAGUUAUACAGGGGACGCCGGAGAUUCACUCAGUUCUGGAGUUAAGCUGAAGUUUACUACGCUGGAUAUGGAUAACGAUACUCACGAGAAAGAAAACUGCGCGAUUCUUUUCCGAGGUGCUUGGUGGUAUGGUGCUUGUCACGAAAGUAAUCUUAAUGGCUUAUAUGUGAAGGGAAAUGUCACCGAUUUUGCAACAAUGAUGUGUUGGAAGGCCUUCAGAGGGUAUUAUUACGGGUUGAAGCGUGCUACGAUGAUGAUUCGAGGAGUUGGCGACAAAUAGUAUUAACGGUUCGACACUCAGGAAUAAAUCAAUUG